GGAACAGGAUGUAUACACUGCUGUCAGGCCUCUAUAAAUACAUGUUCCAGAGGGAUGAGUACUGUGUCCUGAUCCUGGGCUUGGACAAUGCUGGCAAAACUACCUUCCUGGAACAAACUAAAACUCGAUUUAACAAGAACUACAAAGGGAUGAGUUUGUCCAAAAUCACAACCACUGUAGGCUUAAACAUUGGAACUAUCGAUGUUGGCAAAACUCGGCUGAUGUUCUGGGAUCUUGGUGGCCAGGAGGAGCUGCAGUCGCUUUGGGACAAGUACUAUGCUGAGUCUCACGGGGUGAUCUAUGUCAUUGACUCCACGGAUGAGGAGAGGCUCUCAGAGUCUAAAAGAGCUUUUGAGAAGAUGAUCACCAGUGAAGCUCUGGAAGGGGUUCCCAUUCUGGUGUUGGCUAACAAGCAGGAUGUUGAGACUUGCCUGUCAAUACCUGACAUCAAGACAGCAUUUAGUGACUGCAUUAACAAAAUUGGGAAGAGAGACUGCCUGACACAAGCCUGCUCGGCCCUCACUGGCAAAGGGGUAAAUGAAGGGAUUGAAUGGAUGGUGAAGUGUGUGGUGAGGAAUAUCCACCGACCCCCAAGAAAGAAGGACAUCACGUAAGGAAUUCCAAGACAGCCAAGGAAUGGACAAUCUUUUUCCACACAGUUUUGUGUUCCCUUUAAAGAAGGUGAUCCACUGGAUUCCUAUUACACCUGAUUCUUUCC